GGAGCUGAUUUGGUUUGUUCUACAGCAGCAGCAAAUAAUUAGCAAACAACCAGCUGUUUCGCUGUCUGACCCAGACUCCAGUGAGUUUAGUGAGUUUUGAUGCUGGGAACACUGGAACCAGCUGAUCCCAAUGUGUUGACGAUCCAGCCACGCCCACUGGGAACCAGCAGCCCAAACCACCGGCACCCAGAAGGCAGCAGGAGUCGGUGUGAGUUGGGAUCAGUUCUGGACCCGCCAUGACUCAAGUUCUGGACCUGCUGCUGCUGAGGAGGCUGCUGCCCAGCCUGACCUUCAUCAUCCUCUGCCUCAUGCUGCUGCUCCUCAUCUUCAGGUCAGACAGGAUGUUGCCUCCCCAGAAGUACAUGAUGCAGCUGUCGGACGAGCCGGCCUGGGUCCAGAACCAAACCACAGGAACUACAGUUCUCAAAGGACAGUCGGCCCAUCUCAUGAGAGUUAAAGGCUCCAAAACGCUGCUGGUGUCUGCUUUUCUGGAGCAUCGAACCAAACCCAGGAAGGUUCUUGUUAUCGCCAUCAUGUUCCGUAAAGAGAAAGUGUCUCUGCAGUGCAGCCUGCGCUGCAGGGAGCAGCUUCACGUCUCCAGAGCCUCCGUCGACAUCCACUGGGAUCACUUCGGCUUUCCGUACGGGACGGCCGACGUCUCCUGCCCGCUGCCGCCGGCCUGCCAGGCGCCGACCCACGUAGCCGUCACCUCAGCGGCCAUCAGGAACCCAGAUGAGUUUUUGGAGGUUCAGAAUCAAAAGGCGCCGAACGUCUUUCCGUACAACUUCACCAGCUGUUUCUCCACCAUGUACAACUACACCAACAUCCUGCAGCUGGUGCAGACGGUGGAGAUGCUGCAGUUGCUGGGUGUGAACAGAAUCGUCAUCUACAAGACGAACUGCAGCAACGAGACGCAGCGCGUCCUGGACUACUACACCGACAAAGGUCUAGUGGAGGUGAUUCCUUGGUCUCUGUCAAAGUACCUGAAUGUUUCUCGAAGAGCUAAACCUGAUCAGGAUCCUGGUGACAUCCACUACUUCGGUCAGAUCCCGGCGCUCAACGACUGCCUGUACAGAUCCAUGUACCGGUCCAGAUACGUGGCGCUGCACGACCCGGACGAGCUCAUCCUGCCGCAGACGGUCGACAGCUGGUUGAAGUUGCUGGAACAGCUGGAGAGGAAGUUUGGCGCAGAGAGGUGCUACAUGUUUCAGAAUAACUGGGUUCCCAGUGAGUUUUUCCUGACCCCUCCAGCGCCCAAGACGCUGCCCCAGCAGAACCAAUGGCAGAACGUCUCAGGGAUCAACAUCCUGGCCCACCUGUACAGCGAGCCCAUCAAGCCUCCGUUUGGAUAUCGCAAUUUCAAGACCAUCGUCAACCCCCGAGGCAUGUUCGCCGUGACCGUCCACGGAGUGCUGAGGGCGAAGAGAGUCUGCGUCUGGGUGGACAGGAAGUUGGCCAGGAUGUACCACAUCAAAUCCCGAGGACCAACUGAACUGAAGCCAAAGCAGAUGAUUUAUGAUGGCCGACUCCUUAACUACAGCGCUCGCCUUUCCUCUGCUGUCAACACCGUCCUCAGAGAGACUGGACUUCUGCCGGGAAACAGUCUGUAGGAGAGGGAACCUUGGAAAACUCCUCCAUCCACAUCCCUAAAGCCAUGUUGACUCAA